AUGCCUUCGUUCCGAUCCUCUCGUCGGUCGCAAGCACUUGCGGAAACCGUCCCCAAUAGGACGAGAACGGGACAGGUCGAUCACGAUGUCUUCGAAGGCUUCCCUGUCCGGCGUUGGGUUCGGCAACCAGUCGUGAUUUACCAAACCCCGAAAACUGAACAACCAGAUACGAGAUUAGGAGGACCACAGGCGUUGCCCGAAUUACCGAUGCCCAGAGACAGUCACCUAUUAACACCAAUGAGUCGGGCAUUAUUACGCGCUGCCAGAGCCGGAUGCAAGUAUAUUCGACCAGCGCCUCCUGAGGUUGAGGGUGACGAAAAGGAGACCAAAGACUCCGAUGAGCCUACUGCGGCGCCUCCCUUUGAACGUACAUUUACUGCCGGAAAAUGGACAUUAGCACCGCGACAUAUGGAGCCACCUGAAGCAGAGUUUCUCGCGAAAAGGAGACCAGGAUUGUCAUCACUGUAUGGGUCAACUGCAUUAAAUGGCACGGCUGAAGUACAGCCAGAACCUAAGCCGCCAAUGAAGAAAACCAAGUUCAAGAAGAUUGAUCCUAUAACGGGAAAAACCUCGAUAUACGAAGCCUGGGUGCCUGAAGGUCAUAAAGUUGAGGGGGAAAUUACAGAAAAUGCUGAGGUCGUCCCUGGAAAUAGCGAUGUGGCUGUUGUUGCAACGCCGCCUGUUCCAGGAACUAAUGCUGAAGGAAUUGGAGUGGGAGAUCCAAGGGGCCUUGUCGCAGAGCCAGAUUCUAGCAUGGUCGCGCCAAUGGAAAAGCAAGAUCCUCCAUCAAAAAGAAAGGCAUCUGAUAUUGAAAAUGGUAGCCGGAAGAAAGUGAUGUUUGCAUCUGGCGAGGGGGAAACUGCAGAUACUGCUCUCGGCGAUACUGAUGCUUCUCAAGCCCCUGGGGAUGUGAUGAUGUCGGGUACAACACAGGAUGGCAGUUCGACUGCUUCACAAAUAUUAUACGAAGAAGACGAGGAAGGGGAUGAGGAAACGGAGGACGAAGAGAGUGAUGAGAGACGAGAAUCUUGCCCAGAAUCAAAAUCCCCGGAAACCAUUAUUAAACCUGAACAAGAGGGCCAAGGAGGUGUCUCAACAGUUCCUGAGAAAGAAGAACUCAUACUGGAUAUGCGCGAUCACGCUUUAUCCCCAGAACAGGAACAACACAAGGGUGCUUCAAUUCCAGCAAGAGAUAUGCCUAGUUCACCAGAUCUCCCACUUGCGACGGCUCCCUCCACAAGUCAUAUAGCAGAGCCGCCGCGAGAGGGGCUAUCUCCAAAACCCGAACAACAGCCCCCACCACCCGUCCCCACUGAAACCCCUUCUCUAACCCCAGUCCCACCAUCUGCCGGAACCUCUUUGUCUGAUGCAAACAAGGACGCUGACCAAGUGUCCAAACCAUCCGAACCCUCGGGUGACGACGCAGAAUCACUAGCAAACAACCAAAACGGCGCUUCAAACCCCCAAGAAUAUCCCUAUAUCCCCUCCAACGGGGUUAAGCCCGAAAUCACUAAACACUCUCCACCGCAAGAAAAUUCCCACCCGGCCUUAGCCUCAACAUCGACACGUCCUGAACCACACAGCGUGCCCAUCCUUUUCGAAGACGGUGAAAUUGAUCUGCUUAGCAGCCUAGAAGCCAGUUUAGACAACCCGGGCAAUGACACUGCUGCUCGCAACCACGACUCCCUGCCGACGGAGAAUGGCCAGAGCGUUGUUGCGGAUGUUUCAAGGCCCGACGAUGCGCGCGAAAACAAUGAGUUCGGAGAAUCCGCCGUUGAGAGGAAGGAUGUCGAUAUGGCUGGAUAA